CAUAAAUAAUUCAUUCAAUAAAUACAUAUAGUUUUUAAAACACUUUGACAGAGUGACUGGAACUUUUGUUUGGUUGAUUUAUUGGAGCAGGAAACACAAUAAGAUGUAAAAAAGCAGCACAACAAACUCUUAAUUCAACUUUAAAAAUGUUGACGGACUCAUGUGCUUCUUCAACUUGACAUUCCCUGAGAUGAGAGACGUGGAAGAUGAAGAUCUGCUGCUGAAGUUUUCCACCUGACACACAGAAAACCAAGAUGGCGCAGGAAAGAAGUCUUUAUCCACAGUGAGACAGGUUUGGUUGUCUCUUGCCUGUCCGUCUUAUGUAUGCUUUCAGCAACGACCACCACCAUGUACCUGCCCAGAACCCAGAGGGGAUUACAGGAUAGUGACGAGCUGAUACCGAAGAGGAGUGUUGACGGACGGACGCCCUCGUGGACAGAGGAGACGCAGGGACACGGAGCAGGAUGGGAACUGGUCUAAAGUUACAGAACUUCAGGAGUCAUCACUGCUGCAGCUUUUUCUUUUUCCACGACUCUUUGUUUAGUUCGCAGACCCCUGGUCCGAGCUGCACCAAUGUUCCGGACCAAUGUGACUGAUUGAUCCAGUAGAUGAACAGUAAAGAUUAAGAGGAUGACAAAUAAGCGUGCUGCUUACACAGCGCUUGAGGCUAAUCCUCCCCCUCCACCCCCUGGACUCCCUUUUGAGGAGCUGCCACCGAGGAGCACCCACAGACAGAGACCGACCCCGGCGGCCAGAGGGAAGACACGCAACCUAUUGACGUGCAGCAAGCGUCAGCCCGAGCUCAUGGCAGGACCCCAGCCCAUCUGCAUCCCCACAGCAGAGCCUGCAACACAGUAGAGCCUCAACCUGCCAUCUGUCCACUGGGGACCUCUGGACAACCUGCAGAUACACAACUUUUUGUGUAGUGCUUCUGAAAGGAACUUGAACUUUUUGUGCUGGACGUUGCAUCAAGAGGACACAAAGUUUCCCAUCUACGGUCGUCAUCAGUGGAGGAGACGAUUUCCAGUGAGAGAUGAUGGAGGAUCACCUGUCGAAGAUCCCCAUGAUGCCGUCUUCCUCUCCCUCCGACUCGUCUGCCAGCGGCGGGAGCGAUGACAGCAGAGGAGCCAAGAGUCCGGCCCCUGGAAAAGCUCUGAGCCCGGCCCUGGUCUGCAAAGUGUGCGGCGACACCAGCAGCGGGAAACACUACGGCAUCUACGCCUGCAACGGCUGCAGCGGCUUCUUCAAACGCAGCGUGAGGAGGAGGCUCAUUUACAGGUGCCAGGCCGGUACAGGCAUGUGUGCAGUGGAUAAAGCUCAUCGUAACCAGUGCCAGGCCUGUCGGCUGAAGAAGUGCCUGCAGGCCGGCAUGAACAAGGACGCCGUGCAGAACGAGCGUCAGCCCCGCAGCACAGCUCAGGUCCGCCUGGACUCCAUCGACGUGGACCCUGACAAGGAACACCUGGCCACCACACGGGAGCCCACCUCAUCUUCCUCAUCCUCCUCUUCCUCCUCCUCCAGUGUCAUCACGUGGCCCCACAUCACCUCCUCCAUGUCCAUCACCUCCUCCGUGGCCCCCCAGCGCUGCAUCAGUCCCCAGAACAACCACCGCUUCAUGGCCAGCCUCAUGACGGCCGAAACCUGCGCCAAGCUGGAGCCCGAGGACGUUGACGAAAACAUCGACGUAACCAGCAACGAGCCGGAGAGAGCGUCCUCCGAGUAUCACAUGGCUCUGUAUCCAUCCAGCUCUGAAAACGUGUACGAGACCUCGGCCAGGCUUCUCUUCAUGUCGGUGAAAUGGGCCAAAAACCUGCCGGUGUUUUCCAACCUGCCCUUCAGAGACCAGGUGAUCCUGCUGGAGGAGGCGUGGAGCGAGCUCUUCCUGCUCUGCGCCAUCCAGUGGUCGCUGCCACUGGACAGCUGCCCGCUGCUCUCCCUGCCCGACCUUUGCCCCGGCAUGCAGGGGAAAACCAGCUACACCAGCCUGGACCUGCGCCUCCUGCAGGAGGUCUUCAGCCGCUUCAAGGCCCUCGCUGUCGACCCCACGGAGUUUGCCUGCCUCAAGGCCAUCGUGCUCUUCAAGCCAGAGACUCGAGGUUUGAAGGAUCCAGAGCAGGUGGAGAAUCUGCAGGAUCAGUCUCAGGUGAUGCUGGGACAACACAUCCGCUCACACUACCCCAGUCAACCAGCCAGGUUUGGGAAGCUGCUCCUCCUCCUCCCCUCCCUGCGCUUCGUGAAUUCGGAGCGAAUAGAGCUGCUGUUCUUCCACAGGACCAUCGGAAACACUCCCAUGGAGAAACUGCUGUGUGACAUGUUCAAGAACUAAAAACCGUCGUCCACAGACACUUGCAGUCGUCUGUACGGUCAAAUCUACGGGUUUGAAGCAGCGAUGUUCUGUAAACAUAUCAGAGAUUCUGUGUGCUGUUGUUUUAUUUUUUUUCCAAAAGGCCACUUUAUUAUUUGUUGUUUCCACAUCAGGGGAUUCACUUGUCAUCAUGCUUGCUGUCUAUCUGUAUCAUAUCUAGAUUUGUGUCUGAGGUGACGUAGUGUUUCUUUAUUUCUGUGUUUUUCACAGUUCAGAACCUUUAUUUGUCUUGUGAUAGAUGGACGGACUAUCCCUGCUGUCCUUAAUGUUCUAUUCAUGU